GUUUAUUGCAAACGGUCUUGUGUACGCCAAAACUUGGACUCUACCUACCACGACGAAUACGGGUAUAUGGUUUCUUUUAGCAAUUUGAAGUGUAGGACCUACCGAAUUGCUUUCUUGAGACUGAGAUAACAUCCCUCUUUCGUCCGAUUUUCUCUAAAACUCGUUACACUUGUGAAACAUCCUAUUCUUCGCCGAAGUUGAGUUUUCGUAUUACAUGACAAACUACAGUAUCAAAUGAGGUCUAGCGAAGCAAUUAGACUUCCAGAAAGAGAGCAAGCUCUAAUUUCUGGCUGGCUUGUUAAGAAAGGAACGACAAAUAACAAGCGUAUUUGGGUCGUUCUUAGACCAGAAAAGCUUACCUUUUACAAAAACGAACAGGAAUACAAAUCAAAGGAAGUAAUUUCGAAUGAAGACAUCUCAGCCAUUGCUCAUUACAAGCACAAGCAUCCCAAAUCGUUUUAUCUCUACAUUAACGACAAAAUUGUUCGUCUUGGUGCUGAAUCUGUAGACCUGGCUGAAGCCUGGGUCCGACAACUACGGAUGACAACAGGAUACCAUGCUCCUGUUUGCGACUACCCUGCCAGCUUGUGCUUAAUUAACUUAUCUGGCCAUGAACACGACAAUGUACAUACUAAUCCUUCCAUUUCCGAAAAUUCAGCGGCUACUGAACCCGCCCAAAGUGGUCCAAUGUCCUUGUAUGAUCUAAUUAAAGUCAGCAAACAGUCUAUGCCUCCUGAGAGUUCUCACGCACGAUUGCAGGACAUCGAUGCUGCCCGAAUGGCCUGUAUGUCGGGACACAAUCGUUCAGCCUCAAUCCAAAAUCUUAUGAAAUUACUUAAUGAAAACAAGGUACUCAUGCAGGGACCUGUCCACUGGCUCCAUGGAAGCAUCCAUCACUGGUCAAAGAGCUGGGCCGUGGUUCGCGGCAGUGGAUUAUUUUUAUACACCUCUGAAGACGAAUACAAACCACUGAAAGUCAUUUCCAUAAAAGAAAUUCAAGACGUUGCUGAGAUCAACAUUUCUCCGAAAGCUCACAAGGUUUUUUUUACGGUAAUUACUAAGCUGAAGCCAAUUGAGUUCCGCGUACACGAUGAACAGUCGUUGGUUAUGUGGGUUGGUGCUCUGAAAGCAGCCAUUGAUAAGUCCACAGGUAACCUCAGUCCGGUUGCUAGCCGUAUUCAAUUAUCCUCUCGUUAAAGUUUUGCGUCGAUCUCAUUAUCUACAAUUGCGUAACCUACCUCAUACAUAAGCAUUUACUCGCAUUGCCUCCUUUUUGUUUUGUUUUCUAUCGACCAAACCCUUCGUGCCAUUCUCAGGAUUCAUGCUUCUAGACAACGUAUAUUUUCAUGUGUUCUUCUUCCCAAUUAAUAUUUCGUCUAAUGUAUUGGGUCUACGGCUAUGCUUGUCGGCGUGUUUAGGGCGAUCUUAAAGAAGAACAUGGUUGGGCCCAUUACGUUCUUUUUCAUGAGGGAAGCUAGUAUCCGUUGAUGUUAAAUUUGAAACCAAUGUGUUUAUAUUCAUUUAGACUGCAGUUACAUUAAAAGCAGUGUCAUGUAUCCAACUUCAUAUGACUUUCUCUUACAUUCUUCCUUCAAUAUUAUAUUUAAACUUCUAUUUAAGCAGA